UAUUUAGUUAGAUGAGUUAAAACUACGAUGUGAAACAAAGAACGUCUCGCACGUAGAGAAGAGGUGGAAAAGAUCUGAACAAGAACUGAAGAAAAAGCUGAACUGAUAUGCAAAAUGGGCUGCUUACUGUAGUUUUAUCUCUCCUUAUCUUUCAGGCUGCUGGAUACAAAUGUAACAAGGGAACAUGUCCCGCAUUUCCGGGGACAGUGUUCAAGUGCUGCAACCCUCACAUCAACUCGGGAGUGUGCUGCCCCCGAGACGGCACCUGCUGCUACCACGGCACUUCCAACCACUGUUGUAAAGCCAAGGAGUCCUGUUGUUGGGACAAGGCUAAGGAUGAUGUGAAGUGCUGCCCUAAAGGAAGCGUGUGUUGUCCUGAUCGGUCCAGACACGCUUGCUGCUUCAAGACACCUGUCUUUGUUUGGAUUCUAUUGGGGAUCUGCGGGUCAGUUAUAGCGGCCCUGCUGUUAUUGUCCCUGUACCAGUGCAUCCAAGAGGAGUACAGUGAAUACCAGUCCCAGAGAGUCGCUGGUAAUCUCCCGUCUGAUAAUUCCUGGUACUACUACGACUACGGCAGCACACUGACAAGAGACCACAGAAACUCUUCCGCUUCCCGACAACCUCCAGAGUACGAACCACCACCCUCUUAUGGUAGCACUAGCAACACACCUGGUAACCAUGGUAACCCUAGUACCACCGCUAACAGUAGAGCAGGAGGGAAUGCUCCUAAACCAGCCACCCCGCAGAACACCAGAAACAAUGCUUUAUCUAUGCAGGGAGCAGAGAGUCGAGGGACAGAAUAUCACAGCUCAACAAGUCAUGUGCACAGCUCAAACAGCGACUUUCACAGCCUCACCAGUGAAACCUAUUCAGAUCUCCAGCCAAGACCAGGUGAUGAGAUACUGAGGACCUUCUACGAGCACUCAGUCCCCAAACUCCAGAGGAUGCUGUGCUCCCAACACCAGUGCACGGUUACUGACGGUAGUUGUGUGUACUGUAUGGAUAACAUUAGUGAUCGGGAGGAGUUUUCCGAACUUGAGGAAAGUUCACAUCAAGAAUUUCGUAACGAUUCUCAGCAAGAUGACGAAAGCAAAAACAAGACACAAUUAUCAGAUAAAGUUAACUUUAAAUCAAGAGUUUCAUACCAGAAUCAGCCAAAAAAGGAUAUAUUGAAUGCACAUAAUCAACAAAAUCUGUUACACUGAAACUUUAUCGGCUAUAAAACUACAAAACUUACAAAUUUGUAUAUUUACAUAAGAUAAAGGGAAAAGAUAAUAAUAUUUCUUUAUAAUUGCACCCUUGUAUUUCGUCAGAUUUUGUAAAUAUAAAUUGGAAACCUUACACUUGUUAUAUAAGAUUGAGAAGAAAUGUUAUAAUUUAUAUCGUGUGAAUUUUAGAAUGACCACAAAUAAUUGCAAUGAAUCUAUUAUUUUCAUAUUAUGUCGAUUGUCGA